CCCAACAGGGCCGAAAGAAGGCCCACCACACGGAGCUCCUCUCCGCUCUCCCGCUCCGCCCCUACCGCCUCCUGCCCACGGCCAUCGCCGCCGGCCGCCGCCUCCCACCGGCGAAGUGGACUCCCAGUUUGGGUUGUCUAUCGAUCUCUGGAAAUGCAUCCCCCUCUAACAUUACACAGGCAUCCUAUGUGCGCCGAGAUUAUCGAAGAGUUCCAAAAGUGCCAUUUGGACCACCCUGUGAAGAAGUUCUUCGGAGAGUGUACAGACCUUAAAAUCAAGCUAGAUCGCUGUUUCCGACAAGAGAAAGCCUUGAAGAGGAAGGCAAACUUCGAGGAAAGCAAGAAAUUUAAAGAACAGCUGCUUGCCUACAAGAGGGAGAUCGCAGAGACAAACCAGGGAUGAUCUCUUAACGUAGUUGCUUCUUGUCCGUGACAAAAGGACCUGAAGAACAAUCGGCCCAAUUGGCAUAUAAUGAUCGACGCUUGAUAGCUGCUGAAUUCUUUGUUGACUCGGGGGCUAUGUUGCUCUAUUUGUUCAUGGAUGUUUCUGUAGAAUUGAAGUUCUGUACUGGAUGGAGAGUUGCAAUUUGCAAACAGAUAUAAGUAGUACUGUUCUUUGCUUGUGUGUUGUUAAGAUAACACAUGAAUCCAAUGUGAGCACAUUUCUGC